AUGAACGGGACGGGACGGGAGUGCGGGCGCGGCGGGUCAGCGCUGCCGGCCAAGGCUCACCCGCUGAUCAGCGCCCUCAUGUUCUCGGCCGGGCUCCUGGGCAACCUCCUGGCGCUGGGGCUGCUGCUGCACGGCCGCCGCGGGCCCCGCCAGCGCCCGCCCUCGCUCUUCCACGUCCUGGUGCUGGCCCUGGUGGUCACCGACCUGCUGGGCACCUGCUCCGUCAGCCCCUUCGUCCUGGCGUCCUACCACCGCAACCACACCCUCACCGCCCUGGUCCAGGGAGGGCACAUCUGCCUCUACUUCGGCUUCGCCAUGAGCUUCUUCGGCCUCGCCACCAUGCUCAUCCUCUUCACCAUGGCGCUGGAGCGGUGCCUGGCCCUGGGGCAGCCGUACUUCUACGAGCGCUUCCUCAGCCCCCGCACGGGCUUGGUGGCCCUGCCCGCCAUCUACACCUUCUCGGCCGCCUUCUGCUCCCUGCCCCUGCUGGGCUUCGGCCGCUACGUCCAGUACUGCCCCGGCACCUGGUGCUUCAUCCAGAUGCACCUGGAUUCCCACCAGAACCGCGGCGGCCGGGGGGCGGCCGGGCUGAACGUCACCUUCUCGCUGCUCUACGCCACCCUGCUCCUCUUCCUCAUCCUGGCCGUGCUGCUCUGCAACCUGAGCGUGAUCGUGAACCUGGCCCGCAUGCACCGCCGCGCGCAGCGGACGCGCCGCGUGGCCACGCUCGAGCAGCCCCGCGCGGCCUCCGGCUGCGGCCGCCGCAUGUUCUCCAUGGCCGAGGAGAUCGACCACCUCCUCCUCCUCUCCAUCAUGACCAUCACCUUCGUCAUCUGCUCCCUGCCCUUCACGAUCCGUGCCUACAUGAACAAGUUCAUCACGGAAGAGGGCGAGCACGAGUGGGACCUGCUCGCCCUGAGGUUCCUCUCCAUCAACUCCAUCGUCGAUCCCUGGGUCUUCGCCAUCCUGAGGCCGCCGGUGCUGCGGUUCCUGCGCUCGGUGCUGUGCUGCCAGGUGACCCCCGCGCUCCCGGACAGACGGACUCCAUGCCCUGCAAAGACAAAACUGGCGGCACAGCUGGGCCCCUGUGAGCCGUAGAUCCAUCAGCCAUUCCAGGAGACUCCUGCCAGGUGAAGCACAGCCCGGACAGGUGUUAACGAAGCUCUGCCUUACGGCCCGUAAAGAGACGUGGCUGCUGUGGGGUGGGCCUGGGGCGGGCCAGGUGUCACCUGGGAAGCCCCUGGAAAGCCAGUGUGGUUUCUCACAGGGCAAAAAAUUACAGUGGGACAAGAUCAGAAGGGCUGAUGAAUACCUGGGAAGGGCUGUAACCCUCAGAUGGGGUGGGUCCUGCAUGGAAAAGGGGGAAGGCUCUGUUUGGCCCUGCUGUGGGAGAGUCAGGGGGUGAAGCAUGGGGGGCUUUGCUAUAACACUGCUGCUGGGGAGGGAUGUUGGGAAGCAGGGCUUCCUGCUGGUGUGCUUCCCAGAAAGGUCCCUG